AUGUUCGUGGGAUAUCCAGUCUUACUAGGCGCACUCUUUUGUGCUCCUCAAUUAGUUCAUGUAGUAAAUAAUAUCAAUACUAUAUGGAGACACGAUAUUUCUACAAACACCAAUCUAGCGAAAUGUUGUGAGCCUAUUUUGCUUCAGCAUAUUGAUUUUCUGCCGAAAGCGUAUAUAAACUUCUCAAAGUCGAACUUGUUCUUUGCUAUCGUUAGGACUGACAAAGCGGGGACUAACUGUCUUAAUAUCGCUCUACCUUCAAAACCAUUCGAAAAGGGCAUGAUGGACAUUUCAUCAAAUCCUGGCCCGGACAAUAAGCAUGAUGCACGAAGGGUACGUGCUUCAAAUGCGAAUAGAAAACAACGACGCCAUUUGCAAAUUGCUCAUUUGAAUGUAAUAUCUAUCAAGAAUAGACAACAUUACAUUUUUGUUAAAGAACUCGCUUUAAAGAAUGAAUAUGAUAUCCUAACUAUUUCUGAAUCGUGGCUAAAUAAUACCGUACAAGGUAUCGAGGUAGAAAUUCCCAGAAAUUCCCCGGUGUUUGCGCCUUUGUGA